AUGAACCGCUGUCCGUCUCUCCUCCUCUCAGGGGUACCAGGGCAUGGUGGACGGCGGAGACAACAUCAAGGAGGCCACGUGGGAAAGCGUCUCCAGCAUGCUGCAAGUGGGCGGCACGGUCAUCGGCAGCGCCCGCUGCAAAGAGUUCCGCGUCCGCGAGGGCCGCCUGAGGGCCGCGCGCAACCUGGUGCAGCGCGGCAUCAACAACCUGUGCGUGAUCGGCGGCGACGGCAGCCUGACCGGCGCCAACCUCUUCCGGGAGGAGUGGAGCGGCCUGCUGGACGAGCUCCUCGGACAAGGCCUCAUCGAUGAGGAGGCGGCCCGAAGCAACUCGGAGCUCCACAUCGUCGGCAUGGUCGGCUCCAUCGACAACGACUUCUGCGGCACCGACAUGACCAUCGGCACCGACUCGGCCCUGCACCGGAUCAUCGAGGUGGUGGACGCCAUCAUGACCACCGCACAGAGCCACCAAAGGACCUUCGUGCUGGAGGUCAUGGGCCGACACUGCGGAUACCUGGCCAUGGUCAGUGCCCUGGCUUGUGGAGCAGACUGGGUCUUUAUCCCAGAGAUGCCUCCUGGGGACGGCUGGGAGGACGUCAUGUGUCAGAAGCUGUCCGAGAACCGCGCCGAUAAGAAAAGGCUCAACAUUAUUAUCGUAGCUGAGGGAGCCAUCGAUUCCCACAACAAGGCCAUAACUCCCGAUUACAUCAAGGAACUGGUGGUACGCUGCCUGGGCUUUGACACCCGGGUCACCAUCCUGGGCCACGUGCAGCGAGGCGGGACCCCCUCCGCCUUCGACCGGAUCCUGGCCAGCCGCAUGGGCGUGGAGGCGGUGCUGGCGUUGCUGGAGGCCUCCGCCACCACGCCGGCCUGCGUUGUGUCGCUGGUGGGUAACCAGGCGGUCCGGCUUCCACUGAUGGAGUGUGUUCAGAUGACCCAGGAGGUGCAGAAGGCCAUGGACGAGAAGAAGUUUGAAGAGGCAGUGAGACUGCGUGGAAGUAGCUUUGAAAACAAUCUGACCACCUACCGCCUGCUCUCCUACCGCAAAGCAGACUCCGAGCUCCCGAACAGCUCCUUCAACGUUGCAGUGCUGAACGUCGGCGCCCCGGCGGCGGGAAUGAACGCCGCCGUGCGCGCUGCCGUCAGGGUGGGAAUCACCGAAGGCCACAAGAUGUUCGCUGUCAGCGACGGCUUCGAGGGCUUCUACAAGGGACAGAUUAAGGAGAUCAAGUGGGGAGACGUCGGGGGCUGGACCGGCCAAGGCGGCUCCCUGCUGGGGACCAAGCGAACUCUUCCGGGCAAACAUCUGGAGGAGAUUGCUGAGCAGAUUAGGAUCCACAACAUCAACGCUCUGAUGGUCAUCGGAGGGUUUGAGGCCUACGUGGGACUGCUGGAGCUCGCCGCGGCGCGGGACCGGUAUGACGAGCUGUGUGUGCCCAUGGUUAUGGUCCCCGCCACCGUCUCCAACAACAUCCCCGGGUCAGACCUCAGCAUUGGCUCAGACACGGCUCUGAACGCCAUUACUGACACGUGCGAUCGCAUCAAGCAGUCGGCCAGCGGCACCAAGCGCCGGGUCUUCAUCAUCGAGACCAUGGGGGGCUACUGCGGCUACCUGGCCACCGUGGGGGGGCUGGCCGCCGGCGCCGACACCGUCUACAUCUACGAGGAGCCGUUCGACAUCCGGGACCUGCAGGCCAACGUGGAGCAUCUGACGCAGAAGAUGAAGACGAGCAUCCAGAGAGGCUUGGUGCUCAGGAACGAGAACUCCAACGAGAACUUCACCACGGACUUCAUCUACCAGCUGUACACCGAGGAGGGGCGAGGGGUCUUCGACUGUAGGAAGAACAUCCUCGGCCACAUGCAGCAGGGAGGGGCUCCUUCUCCAUUCGACCGAAACUUUGGCACCAAAGUUGCCGCCAAAGCCAUCCAGUGGGUCACGAAGACGCUCAAGGAGUCCUACAAAGGAGGGCGGGUGUUCACGAACUCGGAGGACACGGCCUGCCUGCUGGGGAUGCGGCGCAGGGCUCUGGUCUUCCAGCCCGUGUCGAAGCUCCGGGACGAGACCGACUUCGUCCACCGGAUCCCUAAGGAGCAGUGGUGGCUGAAGCUCCGCCCACUGAUGAAGAUCCUGGCCAAGUACAAGACCAGCUACGACGUGUCCGACUCCGGCCAGCUGGAACACGUGACCCGCGUGCGGGCCAGAGAGAGCGACACCAUCUGAGGGGGGGGGGGGUUGCCCCCCCCGCCAACGGUCGCUGAAAGAUUCAAGAAAGAAAAAAAAAAAGCUGUAAUGUGCUGUAAAGUCGUGGUGCUUUCAGAAGGCAUCCUCUAUUUUUUAGGUGAUGACGCAGAAGAGUUGAUUUGAUUUUGAUCGUUUGAGGGGCCUUCAGAAUAAGAGCUCUUCAAAAGGUAUUCUCUCCAGAUCAGUUAUUAUACACUCAAAUAUUUAUAUAUGUAAAAGCACUCCUUAUGUACUGAAUAGGUAUUAAAGUUAUGUACCUGAAACUGUAGCUGUAGAGUUGACCUUUAACCUCCCGGUGUGUCGAACCCCUCCAGGCUCAGCCGGGUGACGUCCUAUUUUAUUAUUUCCUUCAGCACCUUGAGUUCCUUUCAAUCAACUCGCCCCCUGGAGCUGCUUUUAAAGAGAUAAUAUUAAUACUUGCACACGUGUGCACACACACACGUACACACAACGCUGGUCCACGCCUUGAAAGAUGAUUGUAAAAUGGAAAUGGCGAGCUGGGCUAGUCGUGUCUGUGUGUGUGUGUGUCUGUGUGUUGCCUUAUCCCUGUGUGCGUGUCAUCUUUGCCGUGGUGUUGUGAGUCGGGUCCUGUUGUCCUUUCACGUUAUGCUAAGUGUGCGUCUGAGUAACAAAGCAUUUAUUGUGUGGAAAGUUAUAGUUAUACAGAUGUUUGUUUUAUUGAUCAGGAAAAGGGUCUGAAGAUUAAAGGUCAUACGAUCUUAUGUCAUGAAACAAAUCAGAGUAUUUUGUGUCACAGAAAUGUCAUUAAGUGUGCAAUAAAAAGUCAUAGCUACAUUAGUUUGUCAUGAAAUGUU